AUGAUACCGUAUCGUCAGAGAAGCUGGCAGGGCGAGUUUGAGGAAGACUCUCAAGACUGGAGAGAGGCGCGGCAGGGCCUGGUGGGUGGGUCCCCGGUCCUGGUGGCUGAGGAGGAGAAAGAGAUGGAGCAGGGGGAAGAGGAGAUGGCCACUAUCUCUUCCCACAGCACUGCUGUGAUCCCAGCCACUCCAAGGGUGGUGCCUGCUACUGGGGUACCAAGUGCUCCCCAGAGUCCUCCAAGAGCCUCCUCUCCCCCCAUUGAGUUGGUUUCUAUUACACAGAACCAAGUCAAUCAGGGCUCCAGGAGCCGAGUAGUGGACCGACUGUUCCCCAGGGGUGGUCUGGUAGAUCCUGAAUCCUUGUUGACAAAUUCCAUACCCUUAGUACUCUUCUUGCUUAUCAAGUAUGGAAUGAAGGAUCUGAUCACCAAAGUAGAAAUGUUGAAUGUCAUUAGAAAUCACCAUAAUUACUUCUCUAUGAUUUUGCGCAGAGCUGCUGAUUGUAUGCAGCUGAUCUUUGGCAUUGAUGUGAACGAAGUGGACCCCAUCAACCAUUCCUAUGUCCUUGUCACUUCCCUGGGGAUUACGUAUGAUGGGUUGCAGAGUGAUGUCCAGGGCAUGCCCAAGACAGGCCUUCUGAUUAUGAUCUUGUGUAUCAUCUUCAUGAAAGGCAACUGUGUCUCUGAAGAGGAAGUCUGGGAAUCACUGAAUAAGAUGGGGGUGUGGUCUGACAGGGAGCACUACCUGUCUGGGAAUCCCAGGAAGUUAAUCACUGAAGAUUUUGUGCGGGAACAGUAUCUGGAGUACCGGCAGGUGCCCAACAGUGAUCCUGUUUGCUAUGAGUUCCUGUGGGGCCCAAGGGCCCAUGCGGAAACCAGCAAGAUGAAAGUCCUAAAACACUGGGCCAAAUUUAGUAGGUGUCAUCCAACCAGCUUCCCUGCCCUGUAUGAAGAAGCAUUGAGAGAGGAGGAACAGGGUCUCUAA